AUGCCGUCUCCGUUAAACGAUGCAGUCAAGCUACCCUGUGGCUUGGUCUUCCCCAAUCGCUUGUCCAAAGCGGCCAUGGCCGAAAACCUAGCCACAUCGGAUAGCAACCCCAAUGAGGACUUCAACCUGGCCUACAGCAAGUGGAGCGAUGGAAGAUGGGGAAUGAUCAUUACAGGAAACGUGCAAGUCGACGUGAACCACCUCGGAAACUUCAAGGACCCUGCCGUGCCAGCUGACUACGACGCAAACUGUUCCACAUUAUGGAAAGCCUACGCCGAAGCAAGCCAGAAGCAUGGCACGCCUACAAUUGUGCAGAUUGCCCACCCGGGAAGACAAUCGCUCCGGGGAGCUGGGCGCAGAGGGCUCUUUGCUCCGACAAUUGCACCAAGCGCAAUUCCGCUGAGUAUUGGUACUAACUUUCUGGAUUCUGUUAUUACCUCCCUAGCAUUUCCUAAGCCGAGAGAGAUGGACCAGAAAGAUAUACAUAAUGUAAUUCAUCUGUUUGUGGAUUCUGCGCGUUUUAUUGCGGAGAGUGGAUUCUCGGGUAUUGAGUUGCAUGCAGCGCAUGGAUAUCUUCUAGACCAGUUUAUAAAUCCCAAGACCAAUCUCCGAACUGAUGCGUACGGAGGCUCGGCAGAGAACCGCGCGAAACUCCUCGUUGAGAUCAUCAAAGGAUGCCGAGAAGUCGUGCCAGCCACGUUCUGCAUCGGCGUUAAACUAAACUCGGCUGACCACAGCGCAUUGAGUCUCGAGGAUACGAUGACCCAAAUUAGGCUCCUUGUUGAGUCUGGGAUUGACUUCCUUGAAGUUAGUGGUGGGACUUAUGAAAAUCCACGGAUGGUAGCUGGCGACAAGCCCGCAGUCGCGGAAAUGAAAUCCACACGUACAGCAGCCCGCGAAGCAUUUUUUCUUGAUUUCGCAAAAGAAACCCGCAAGCGGUUCCCGAAUCUCGUGCUCAUGCUCACCGGAGGGUUUCGCAGCCGUGCUGGUGCAGAGGCUGCCAUAAAAGAGAAUGCGUGUGAUCUCGUCGGUAUCGCGCGCCCAGCAGCAGUUAAUCCGAGAUUUGCAGAAUUGCUUCUAGAUGAAGAUACCAGUGAUGAGGAUGCACAGAUCUCUCUGGAUAGGGUGAAGCCUGGGCUGCUUCCUAGGCUUCUACGGAGUCGAAUCUUGGGGGCGGGAGCGGAGACUACUUUCUAUGCAGACCAGAUUCAUCGGUUGGCCAAGGGACUGCCAACCGCUGCCCCAGGGCGUUGA